CAAACACAGCUGUUGGGUUAAAUUAACCCAAACAAAAAGUUUAUAUUUGACCCAACAAAGGGUUAAAACAACCCAGCAUAGGCUAAAUUACAACCCAGUGUAGGUUGGGUUCAUCCCUUUUUGACCCAACUGGUUAAAAAUAACCCAGCAUUUUUUAAAGUUAAAGAGUUAGAGUUAUACUUUAUUGUCCUGUUCAGGUAACUUGUGUUGGACUCAAGACCGCAAUACAACAUGUAACACACAACAAAACCACUAAAAUGCCAUAACAAUUACAUCCAACUAUUUAACCCAGCAUUUUUUGUGAUUUUCACAAAAAUCCUUCCAAGAAAAUGUACUUCUAUAAAUAUAUAAACAUACAAAUAUAUAAAUAAAUGAAAGAACAGACUUUCAACAGAUUCCGCUUCAAACAAACAAACAAACAAAACAGGGGAAAAAAAGCUCAUUCUAUCUUCAAUAGUUCUCUUUUAUAAACUUACCCAAAUUUUAAAAAACUUACCCAUAUUUGGGGCAGAAAGCUUUUCUAUGUUCUUGAAUUAGUUGAUGCUUCAAUUUUUUUAUAAUUUGGGUAAGAGCACCACCUAGUGGAUAAUAGAUUAAAAGCGGAAUUAUAGAUUAACGUAAAAACUCGCCAGGGAGGCGUCAUUGGCAGGGAAGCGUUUUGUCUUUAUUUAAGAGAUAACUCGUCAAUGGCGGGGAAAGAGUUAAAUAAAAGAGUUAAGAAUUUUAUCAUUUAAAGGUCCCGUUCCGUUCUUUCUGUGUUUUUGAAGCUUUGAUUGCGUUUACAGUAUGCAAUAUAACAUGUGUUCAUGUUUCACGUGUUAAAAACACUGUAUUUUUCACACGGUUUACUAGUGUUUUAGUUCUCAAGACCGGUCUCAAGACCACUUUUUAAAGGUCUUGGUCUCGUCUUGGAAUCGACCGUAUUUUUACUCGGUCUCGUCUCGGUCUCAGACAAAGAAGACUCGUAUUUUAAUUCCAAGACCGGUUAAGACCACAACUGAUGGCACACUGCAAAAAAAGAUUUACAAGAAAAAAGUUCUUAGUAUUUUUGUCUUGUUUUCAGUAAAAAUAUCAAAAAAUUCUUAAAUUAAGAUGCUUUUUCUUGAUGAACAAAACAACCCAAGAAAAUAAGUCUAGUUUUUAGAGCAAAAAUAUGAAUUUUUCUUGAAUUUAGUGUUUAAGAAAAAGGUUCAAGAUUUUUUUGCUUACCCCGUUGGCAGAUUUUUUAGCUUGUUGGCAUUCUUUAAGCAUUGUUUAACUUUCUCCCAAUGACAGUUUUUCUAAUUUUAUUACUAAAAACACCUGCAUUGUGUUAAGUGGAUGGCAAGCCAUGGAAAGACAGUUCAGAUUAAAUGGUUAAGUUGAUUUCAGCUCUUUAGUGUUUGUUCACUUUUAUUUGCUUAUAGACAAAGAUAAAUUCCCACAUGCCUUUGAUUAUUUUAUCAACUUCUCUGAUGGCACAAACACACGCACGCAUGCACGCACGCACGCACGCACGCACGCACGCACACACACACACACACACACACACACACACAGACAAGUGCCUAAUCAUAUGCAUAUUCCACAUUUUAUCAUAAGUGUUUUAAUGCAGUGACUUGCAAUGGUCUUGGUCUUGACUUGGUCUCGGCCUAUCUUGGUCUUGGUCUUGUCUCGGUCUCGACCCUUUAAAGUCUUGGUCUUGUCUCGGUCUCUGCCUGUCUUGAUCUUGGUCAUGACUUGGUCUCGGUUUAGGUGGUCUUGACUACAACACUACGGUUUACAUCUGUAUACCGCGGUUUUCACUGUCCUAAAAACGGGCUGAUGUCUUCCUUGUUCUAUGAAGUCCCUCCUUCAGAUAUACGUAUCGAGUUCUGAUUGUGUAGUUUGUUUAGUGUGUUGUGCUUUGAUAGCAGCUUAGCUUGCCGUUAGCUUAGCUGGCGACUGACGUAUUCCUGUGGGAAUUUCUCAGUUCAGAAUGUACUAUUUACGGAGAAAUAUAGAUUUCUGAUCAUUCACAGCUAUAAAUAUGACACAGCUAUUGUUAUUUCUUAUUGAAUAUAUUGAGAUAAUUUCUUAAGUAUGGAUUUUUUGCCACUUCUGGAUGUUUUUUAAUAAAUAUAACAAAUUCAUAGAAUUAAUGUAUGGAAAUCAUAAUUACUGAUUUAUCAAUCAUUACUUCUUAAAUUAUGUUUUUUAUUGUUUGAAGGAUCGUUUCUGAUGUUGGCUUACCCUACACAGCUUUUCUGGUUUACACAUUUUUUUUUUAAUUUAUCUAAAAAAGAAAGAAAAAAAUACGGUUGCACUGCUACACUUGACAGUGUGCUUCUUGAAUCAUAAAAGCCUAAAAUGCCAUUGUAUUAUUAUAUUUUGCCUUCUUUUAUUUUAGGUUUUGAAUGCAGAAAAAUGGAAUGUCUUUAUUUUUGUUACUUUUAGUUAUUUACAUAUUUUUUGUCAAAAAACAAGAAAACAUUUCAUUUCCUGUGUUAAAAUGAACACCUAAAAUAUUUUAAUAUAAUAAAUAAGAUUUAAUAUACAAAACUAUUUUAUUUUGAUUAUGUUUUAAAAAAAAAUUGUAUUAUAGUUCAUAUUUUCAGAUUUCCAUGUGUAUGAAUUCCGUGACAUAUCAACCUUGGUAGAGGCCGAUAUUAAAAAAAAUGAUGGGUUGUGUUGAAAAACACAUUGAGUGUGUUAACUAGCAACAUAAGGAGAUAAGAAAUGCAAACAAACAUUUUUUUCAAAUGCCUUUUUCUUGGUGUGGCAGUUAACUAAUCUUUGAGCAUCAUAGCAUAUAUAAAAGUUACCGGUCACAGUAAUUUCUUCAUGCUUUAAAACAGCUCUAUACCCUUGCCUCAUUUAGUAUAUGUGGAUCUAUGAAUAUGCGAAUUAGUCCCGCCAUCACUCUUUUGCACCUCCUCGGACCAUAUAUAGAUGCCAUAUUCAGACACAUUGUAUAUGACUCAAACUACUGAUACACGCAUUCAACUGUGAUUAUUUCAUUGGUUACAUGUUUGUGAUGUUGGAAACAGAUGAUUUUAAACCGCGGGAAUGAGACUGUCUCCAAUUUUAUAGAGAAAAUACUCAGCAAUGGUGUUAAAUGAUGAAUUGGUUUCUCUUAAAAAACGGCACAUAGACAUACAAAGUCUAUCAUCCAUAGUUUUUAGGUUUAGAGAAACUAUAUAAAUAGAUGCUCUAUUCUGUACACUACUUGUUAUUUUUGGGGUCACAGUGAGUGCUAGAGCUCCCAUGAGCUGAAGUAGGGAAAACCCCUUUAAGUUGACAGUGCUGUCUGCUUGUAUCUUUUCUCACGAUUUAUAAUUCUUUCCGACCACAAAACCACAAACUGUGAAAAAUUUCAUAUGUGUUUGUUUAAUUUUGUAACACCAACAAAUCACUCAUCGAUUGCUUUAUUAUUUGAAUGCUGUUUCUGUAUAAAUUGGGUGGGAGUAGAUUAGAUCUGUGUCACAUGAAAACAAAAAUGAUGUGCCAAAAGAUAUGAUUAAUUUCACAGUUUCAUCACACAUAUCCACAAAGCUCUUACAAAAUAGUGGCAGUCUGAGUUGCCUAAAUAAGGAACUGUAGAUGUAAUGGGCAAAUAUUUCUCACGGAUCUCUAACAAGCAUCUUCACAAUGACACAGCGAUGGAUCUGCUUAGCCAUCUACAUGUUUUCAUCCUCUUGUUGAUAAAACUUUCAGGUACUCAAGAUGUCACCACAGUCAACAAAAUAUCUGUUCAGAAGGGACAGUCUAUCUUAAUUCCUUUCUUAUAUAAACAGGAUGAUGCAUUUUUCAAUAAUUUCUUGAGCGCUGAAUGCCAUCGUUUUUUAAAUGGCUAUACAAAGCUCUCACCCCCAAAUAAUCCCAAAAUAGUAUUUUUGUCUGAUGACAAAACACAUCAAAUCUUCACUAUACGCAUGGACAAUGUUCAGGAGUCUGGAGAUUACAUGUGUGCCGUCCGUGCACCUUCUGGUUUUGAAAAACAAGUGAGAUUUGUCUUGGAAGUCACAAUGGGCCCUUCAAGGCUUCAUGUGAGCAACCAAAAUCUGAUAGGAUCUGAAAACAAUAAAAUUAAUGUUACAUGUUAUCAUCAUGUCCAAGCUAAUGUAAAAUGGUGCAAGUUUGGGGGCCAAUGUUUGCCGACAUAUGGAACCUUAGAUGGAGCCUCUGUCAGGAUCAGAUAUUAUCAGACAAACAUGACUGUGACCAUGAACAAACUAAAGCUGGAGAACACAGGAUGGUAUUGGUGCUCAUCAGGAGACCUACAGAUGCCUGUCCAUAUUACUGUGAAACAGAAGAGGAGCCUGACAACUACAAGUUUACCUCAGACCGGUCGGAAGAGGACUGCUGUUCUGUUUCUGUUGCCUAUCAUUCUGGAAAUCCUCUUGGUUGUAAUAAUUUAUGCAGCUUUGAGACUGUUUAAAAUAUGUAGAGAAAGAUAUUCACAGCCUAGGAAUAGAGAAGCAGAAGACGGUCAGUAUGUUACAAUGCACAGGAAAAGGUCAUCUCGCUCUACUGGCUGUACAGAAGCUUGGGAAUAUGAAAAUAUGACUGGACUUGAAAGUAACAGUAAGCUUCAAAUGGAACCAGAAUAUGUGAACGUGAAAACUACAUAACAUUUUUUUUCUUAUUUCUAUUCUGUUUCUUUUAUAUUUAACAUUAAUAGUACUGUAUUAUUUGUUUUAAUUAUUUUUUUUAAUGAUUAUUUAAAUAAAAAAUGUAUUUUAAGGAAUUAAAAAAUUUGAUCAUAUGCUAUAUAAUGUGUGCAUACUUAUAACAUGAAGCAUUUUGAUGUGUAGGACUGUAUGUAUCAGAAAUGAAAUUAAACUGUACAUCCAGGUACUGAUUUUCCAGUAUGUCUAACAUUGUCAAUGUGAGAAAGUCAUGAUUUAUGUUCUGCUCAAGUUGUACAACACAACUGAAUCGUUAAAGUCAAGAUUAACGCAUGCAUUUUGCAUGCAUAAACGCUGUUGAUAUUACUGGGAUGGAAAUAACACAACCCAAACUGUUACAAAGAAAGCAUUAUUUUAACACAAUCUUGUGCUGCAUUGCCCAUAAAAUAAUGAAUAUUAAAUAAACCUUUGAAAGGCUCUUUAUUGCUUGUUUUGUCAUUCAUUUUUUGUAAUAAAUGUUAAUGUUACAUCUGUGAAUGAAAGAAAAUGGAAUAUAAAUGGAAAGAAGGAUUGAAAUGUUAUUAAUAAUGGUGAAUUAUUGGCACCAAAAACAGCUGAAUAUAUGUACAUACUGAGUGAAUUUAUAAAAAGUAUGACUACUACUGAAGACAAAGCAUGUUGGCAUUUGUGUGUUACAUAUUCAUUCCUCAAGAGGGCAUCAGAGAGAUUUAUCGUGAGUGUCAGAGAGUAAUGUUUUGAUUUUUACAUUAAACGGAUGGUCUCUAAUAUCAAUCUGGCUUUUACAAAAUAAGACUUUCAUAUAUUAUUCUG